CCUCUACGUCAGCGCGCCGGCCUGAUUGCCUAUAAAAGCGGCGGCCGCGCUGUCGGCUCCCUCUUUACGGCGCGGAGUCCGGUCGGGAGUUACAGAUACUGUAAAAACAAGCCUUACCCCAAGUCCCGCUUCUGUCGGGGUGUCCCAGAUCCCAAGAUCCGGAUUUUCGAUCUGGGUCGCAAGAAAGCGAAGGUGGAUGAGUUCCCACUGUGUGGCCACAUGGUGUCUGAUGAAUAUGAGCAGCUGUCUUCUGAAGGUACGUUUUUCCCUGUACCC